AUGGUAAGGUUUAUUGGUGACACAUCAGUUAAGCCUGAAGACAGACCCGACAUUCUUUGUAGAUUGUUUAAGAUGAAGCUUGAUGCAUUGAUAAAAGACCUUAAGGAAAAAAAAUUUCUUGGCGAUAUUAAUGCUGUUGUUUACACCGUUGAAUUUCAAAAGCGUGGUCUGCCACAUGCUCAUUUAUGUGUUUAUAUGAAAGCUGAUCAUAAGGUUCCUACUGUUGAACAUAUUAACCCUUUUAUCUCAGCUGAGAUUCCUGAUAAAAAUGAAGAUCCUGAAUUAUAUUCUCUGGUCUGUGAGUUCAUGAUUCAUGGUCCAUGUGGACAGGCUAACUUGAAAUGUCCAUGCAUGGUAGGAAACCGUUGUUCUAAGAACUUUCCAAAGAAGUUUUUGGAGGCUACUUCUGUUGAUUCAGAUGGAUUUCCGCUUUAUAGGCGAAGAGACGAUGGUCACACAGUUAUUAAGAAGGGUGUCACAUUGGACAACAGGAGCGUCGUUCCAUACAACAAAAGGCUUCUUAGAAGAUAUCAGGCGCACAUCAAUGUGGAGUGGUGCAAUCAGGCAGGUUCAAUUAAGUAUUUAUUUAAAUACAUUAAUAAUGGACCAGAUAGAGCCACUGUUGCUGUUAUAGAUUCAGACAGAGGCAUUGAGGAGGAGAUACCGAAAGAUGAAAUAAAAGAAUAUUACGAGGCAAGAUAUGUUUCUGCAUGUGAAGCGACUUGGAGAAUAUUUGCAUGUGAAGUUCACUAUCGGUAUCCGUCUGUUAUGAGGUUACCAUUUCAUCUUCCAGGCCAGCAAAAUGUAGUUUUCAAUGGUGAAGAUGAUAUUGAAGAUGUGCUAAACAAACCACAGGUUAAUUCUUCUAUUUUUUUGGAGUGGAUGAACAUGAACAAAAAACCAGAAACUUUAAAACUUACGUAUGUUGAGUUUCCAUCAAAGUAUGUAUGGAAGUUAAAGGAUCGUUGCUGGCAGCCGCGAAAAAAUUAUGUUGUUGUUGGAAGACUUUAUUCAGUUUCUCCUUCUCUUGGUGAAGCUUAUUACCUUAGAAUUCUUCUAACCAAAGUUAAGGGUCCACGAUCAUUUGAAGAAAUUAGAACCUAUGAGGGUGUUCUUUAUCCUACUUUUAGGGAUGCAUGUUAUGCGCGUGGCCUAUUAGACGAUAAUAACGAAUACAUUGAGUGUAUUAAAGAGGCCAGUUUUACCGGAAAUGGUCAUUAUCUUCGUUCAUUGUUCGGUACACUUCUUUUGUCUAAUACUCUAUCAAGACCAGAAAUUGUUUGGGAGAAGACCUGGGAGUUUUUGUCGGAGGACAUUUUAUACAACAUGCGGAAGGAUUCUGGGUUUAGUGGUUUUGCUGUCUCAGACGAGCGUUUAAAGAAUAUAACGUUGUCUAAAAUCGAAAACUAUCUUAUCCAUAAUGGAUCCAGCUUGCAUAGAUUCUCACCAAUGCCUGUUCCAGAUGAAGAUUCCACAUUAUAUGAGGCUAACCGUCUAAUAAAUGAGGAGCUUUCUUGGGAUAAGGAUGAAGUUAGGGUUGAAUUCAAUAAGCUUCAUAAUUCUUUAAAUGAUGAUCAAAGAGCAGUGUAUAAUGAGAUUAUGAGUGCUGUUGGAUGUAAGACAUUUCUUUGGAAAACUUUAGUUGCUUCCAUAAGAUGCAAUGGACAUAUUGUUGUUAAUGUUGCUUCAAGCGGGAUUGCAUCACUGUUGUUGUCACGAGGCCGUACCGCCCAUUCAAGAUUUCAUAUUCCGAUUAAUCUUACUGAAGAUUCCAUUUGUAAUAUCAAACCUAAUUCUGAAAUCGCUAAUCUUCUAGACGAAGCCAAGUUGAUUAUUUGGGACGAAGCACCGAUGGUACACAAACAUGCUUUUGAAGCUCUUGAUCGUACAUUGAAAGAUGUUUUGAGUGUCUCCGACUCACGUAAUUCUGAACUUCCCUUUGGUGGAAAGACUAUUGUUUUCGGUGGAGACUUUAGGCAAAUCUUACCGGUGGUACAAAACGGCAUAAGGCAAGACAUUGUACAUGCCUCUUUAUGUUCAUCUUACAUUUGGUCCACUUGCAAGGUUUUAAAAUUGACCCGUAACAUGCGUUUAUCUGUUGGAAGCAGCAAUAUUGGUGAUGGUAACGAGGGCGAUUCAACUAUAGAAAUACCAAACGAUCUUCUAAUCACCGAUUCAACUGAUCCAAUUCAAAGCUUGAUUGACUUUGUAUAUCCAUCAGUUCCUGACCGUUUUAAAGAUCGUGACUACUUUUCUGAAAGAGCCAUACUUGCUCCUAAAAAUGAAGUUGUACAUUGUAUCAAUGAUCGUUUGCUUGCAUUAUUUCCCGGUGAAGAAGUAGAGUAUCUUAGCUCAGAUAGUCUAUACCCAACUGAGGAAAUUAAUGAUCCAUUACACCAAGAUUUGUAUAAUCCUGAUGUGUUAAAUAGUUUGAUUGUUUCUGGCUUACCCAAUCAUAGAUUGGUGUUAAAGUUGGGUGUCCCAGUCAUGCUUUUGAGGAACAUUGAUCAGCAAAAUGGGUUAUGCAAUGGUACACGUCUUCAGAUCACGCGUCUUGGAAAACGUGUUAUCGAGGCUGAGAUACUAUCUGGAGGUAACGUUGGUUCAAGAACUUACAUUCCCAGAAUUAGCAUGAUACCUUCAGACAAGAAAAUACCUUUCAAAUUUCAACGAAGGCAGUUUCCCAUAACCGUCUGUUUUGCCAUGACUAUUAACAAAAGUCAAGGGCAGUCUCUUUCCAGAGUUGGUCUGUACCUAAGAGACCCCGUUUUCUCACAUGGUCAGCUUUAUGUUGCAUUGUCGAGAGUAAAGACAAGAGAUGGCGUGAAGCUUUUCAUAUCUGACAAAGAUGGAAGGCCAACAAAUACAACUGUAAAUGUUAUUUACAAAGAAAUAUUUGGAAAACUGUAG